AUGUCGUGUCACUUAUCAUCGUCACCACCAAUUCAUAAUUUUGCCUCGUCAUCAUCAGCGAUUACUUCUUGCUCUUCCAAUCCUAUAAGAACGCCAGUCCUAGCUCGAUCCUCAGUCCCAAACCCAACACAAAUCACCAACCAAUGUCUAACUCGACGAGCACGUUCGUGUGGUAUCAACUUUUCAUCACAACAUCCAACAUCCAAGCCAAACGCAACUCAAAACAGUAAUCCAACGCCAACGAUUCGAUCAUUCUUUCAAGAAACCUAUUCAGUCUUCUGUGCACCAGCAGCCGUCGCACAACUCUCAAUCAUCUCCAAUGAACGCCCACAGUCAAAAUCACGACGAUCAUCUGCUUGUACCAACGCUUCAGUGAGUAAUCUUCAGAAUGAAUCGUUGUCAAUAGUUGAUCUGGCUGAAGACUCUGGUUUAUUGCUGUUGAAUCCAUCGGAUCUGGUCUUCGAAACAUCGCAGUCUGGUAUAGCAUAUUACGACUUUGUUUUAUCAGCUGCACCCACCUCAUCAAGCAGUCAGCCAUCUCCAUCUACAUCACUAACUCCACUCAUAACUCCACAUACAAACAGCAUUUAUCCAACAACAGCACCAAUCAACGCUGCGUCUGGUAGUGCUCAUGGUGGUUAUCAGUUGUUCUUAAUCAAAUUCGAUGCAAAAACCAAUGUGGAAUGGUUCGAAACAACGGAGGUUUCGAAUGAAAUCAUGAUGCAAAAUACAUUACCGUAUGAUGAUCUCGCGAUGAUGACACUCGGUGUUUUGACGUGGAAAGAUAAAAUUCAAAGGAGUCGGGUAUUGUGUUUGGUAAAAAGAAUGGAAUCAAAUAGUACACAGUCAUUAGAAGCACUUAAAAGAGCCACGAAUAAAUUUAAGUGCCUUCAUCAUGUGCUUUCAAUUGGUGAACGGAAGCUUUCUGUUUGUUGUGCAUCUAAUAAAUCAUCAUCAUUAGUAUCAUCAUUCUCGUGUUCAUCACGUUGCCGUUUAUCGCAAGAUGGAAUGAAAUUACGAGUGUUGAUGUGUCAGUCGUGUACCAAACUCGAUCAGUUACCAUCACAAGCAUUACGCGAAACCAAAUGUCUAUUACAUCCCAGCUCGAAUCCCAUUUUGUGCUUAUGUUUCCCUCUUUCUUGA